AGAAAAUAUUUGGCAGCUAUUUCUAUGUCCUUUCAAUCUCUUUUCGUCUGUUCAAAUUUGGCAGUAGGUUGCAUAUGUAAACAAAUUUAAUAAGAAAUAAGAAUGUCUGUCGGUGCACGAUCGUGGAAGGUUAUAAAACCACACAUUCCUCUAAUAAAAUUCAAUAGAAGAGGUAAAGAAGCUGCUCAAGGAAUUAAUAGUAAACAAACUUCUGGAACAAUGACUAGCACUCACGAUAAAGGAAAAGCAGUUUUUAUCUUAGAAGAUGAUACACAUUUGCCUGCAAGAUAUCAUCGGAAGCCUCUUACGCAACAGGAAAUAGAAUAUAUAGAAGUGAGAAUUUUAAUGAUUAGAGAGGUGGCCCUGAAUAGGUGAUCUUCAUUAAUUUAAUUUGUUGAUACUUACAAUGCCUCUCACCUGGAGUAGCAUUCAGACAUUGAACACCUUUUCUUUUGAAAAGACCAAGUUUUCUUAAAACCACUUCUGUGCUUCAGUCUGGUGUUAUUUUCUAAUGUACUUGUAUUAUUAUUGUGUACUCGGAACUUAGAGUUGUAAAUACUGAUUAAAGUAUUAAUUUAUUUAA